AUUAAUCAUUGCCUUGUAUCCUUCCGCCAAGUUAUUGCCUGUGCAAACCCUCGCACUACACUGUCAGCUGUUCUGCCUCCGCGGCAGUAGUGAAAGACCGACCGUUGGGUCUUGCGCGCAGCGUUUUGGAGACGGCUCGUGCUAGCCUUGGCAUCACCAUCAGUAGCUGCGACAAACGGAACUGUAAAGAUAACGGUAAUUGCAAAAGCCAUUAGAUCAGCAACACAGAAGAGGAUACACCACCUGACUCGGGACUGGAUUUGAGCGACCAUUCCCCGCCUCAUGUGUGAUUAGCAAGCAACUCUUCGCCCAGAACGAACAGAAACAAUGGGAGCGUUUGGAGUGGUACUGAGUGUAGUACAUUUUGUGGGACUGUACGUCCAACUUAACACCGCUUCUAACCCCGGUGGUGAUGUUGAAGUGGACAACCACAUCUCUGGCAACGCUCUGUUCACAGAGGUGCCUCAUGACAUCGUGACGGAGAGUGGCCAGGAUGUGGAGAUGGCCUGCUCCUUCAGGGGCGCCGGCUCGCCCUCCGUCUCCCUGGAGAUCCAGUGGUGGUACAUCCGCGACCACAGGGAGUGGUCCGAGAAGGCUUCCUGGACCAACAAUCAGGUGGUGCCCAUGGAGGAGAUGGUGAAGGAUGCCACUAAAAUCAGUGUGGUUAAGGUUGCCGGCAGCAACAUCUCCCACAAGCUGCGCCUCUCCAACGUGAAAACGUCGGACGAAGGAACCUACGAGUGCCGCGUGAUCGACUUCAGCGACAGCCACAUCCAGCACCACCGGGUGCGUGCCUACCUCCAGGUCCAGCCGCCCGGGGAGAGGAGGGCCCACGGCCCCCACGACAAGCAGCAGCCGCAGCACGAGGGGGACCACCAACACGCCCACCCCCACCCACACCCACACCUGCACCCAGGCAACCAGCAGCCACACCAGGGCGACCACCUGCCCCACAAAGAGAACCAGCGCUCCCACUCUGGAGAGCAGAAAGCGCGCCGCCACCAGGAAGAGCAGCGGCUCCACGCGGCGCCAGCUGGCGCCAGCAGCCACCACAAGAGGCAGGAGGAAGAGGAGGAGGAGUCCAGGAAGCGGCCAGCGCACCACCACCAGGCGGAGGGCAGGGAGAUGAAACGGCGCUCGGUGGAAGGAGCCAGCGAUUGCACUACUGAUGGCUGUGGACAUUAGAGAUCUGUCGAGGGCCGUGCCGGAGAGGAGGAGAGGGGCAGGGAAGCGUUAGGAGGAGGGAGAGACAGAGAGAGGGAGAGAGAGAGAGAUCAAAGGAGAGGAGCGAGAGGCUAGGAAAGUAGAGGGAGGAUGAAGACAUAGUGCAUGUACAAAAAUCGCCAUCUGAAUGUCCAUCAUUUAUUAUCUGGACAGACAUGGACAAAUUUCACAGUUCUGUUUCGUCUUUUUGUUUGUUUACAGGAUCAAUGUACUUAACUCUGUAAACUGUCGAUCCUGUGUUUGUCUGCAGACACAAUGUUUUGACCAUGACUCUUUUGGGUUUGUGUAAGCACUGAAGCCUGUUACAUAUCUGGCUCGAUUUUAACUCAUCUUUUAUGUCAAUUUCCUGCUUUCUGUGUAUUACCUGACUCUGAGGUUAGGGUCAGGCUGGACAUAAAUGUGUGUGUGUGUGUGUGUGUGUGUGUGUGUGUGUGUAUGCUUGUGUGUGUGUGUGUGUGUGUGCGUGCGUGCAUGCGCGUGUGCGUGCGUGUGUGUGUGUGUGUGUGUGUGUGUGUGUUUGUACAUUUAUGUCAUAACAGCAUAGUGAAAAUGAAGAUGCGAGAAAGUCUUCAUGUGUACAGUAACAUUACGUGCUUUGAGAUGCCACCAAAUUUUCAUAUGGGCUUUUACAUGAAGUUAUGCCAAAAAACGCUGCAGUAUUUUGAUGUUCUCUGCUUUCUAAUAGUUGAACAACACCAGGACUUCUUACAAUAUGCCCUGUACAUUUACUCUGUUUUAACUUUAGUUGGCUUUGAUGUUUUUGAGAUGGAUGUUAAAACCAAUGGUGUAACCUGGAAAAAAACUCUACUGUGUUUUACUGAGUUUCAAAGUAUGCCUUCACUAAAUUAAAUGAGUUCCAUUUAAACUCCA